AGUUUACAACAUAGCUACAUUUUGACAUUAUGGCAGAAAUAUUCAUUUUUAUCAAGACCCGGCUGUAUGUGAAUAAGGCCUCAGAGUGAUUUAGGUGACAUUUUUCCCCACUUAAUAAAAUGAAAAUAAAGAAAGUCAUCAUUUGAAAAUGUUUUCAUUAAAAUUUGCUUGCUCCACAAACCUUUCAGUGUGCAUCUACAAGAAGACCUGCUAAUUAGCGUCAGUUUUACACUAACAACCACCAAGAAAAAAAACAAAAACCAUCUUCACAUUAGUCACAUACACACCAGGCAGUUGCCAGAACCCAACUUCCAGGAAAGCAGACAAAGAAAUCAGCUGAUAUUUAAUUAUCAAUGAUGCCACUUUGAUGUGUUUCUGUCCGCGGAAUCAGACAUCAAUUUCCUCCGCCCACCGCCCUGAUGCGGCCCUGAUGCUGUUAUUUGGCUACGGAGCGAUGUGAUGCCUGGAGCUGUGUCUGCUAUUGACUGAAGCCGUCCGGUGGACAGGAUGUUCCUGAGUGUCCUCAGGCUCCAGAAAGCGACAGCCUCGUUGCUCGAAAGCCUCAUUUCUAAACGCACGGAGUACUGGGAAAACUGCAACAGCACCCUGACUUCUGCUCCUUUUCCAGCAAAUGGCAACUACUGUAAAGGAAGUUUCGAUACGUUUGUGUGCUGGCCCCAUUCAUCUCCAGGGAAUGUGUCUGUCCCCUGUCCUCCCUUCUUACCGUGGAUCACCGAGGACAGCAACAGGAGGGCGUAUCGGGAAUGCUUGGAGAACGGCAGCUGGAGAAAGAUGGAGAACUCCUCAGAUCCCUGGCGAGAUGAUUCUGAAUGUAAGGAGGACCAAUACUUUAAAGACAAGGAGGACGAAUUGCUGCGCCAUUCCGCCCUCCGGCUCAUCUCAGUCAUUGGCUAUUCCCUGUCGCUGUUCUCCCUCAUUCUGGCCACUCUCCUCAUGGGCAUGCUGAGGAAGCUCCACUGCACCAGAAACUACAUCCACAUGAACCUGUUUGUGUCAUUCAUCCUGCGGGCGGCCGCCGUCAUUUCGAAGGAAAUCAUCUUCCAUCUCAUGUACUCCAACCUGCCCAAGGACGACCCCGGGUGGAACUCCUACUCCAGCUCUGCGAUAGUGCUGCUGUGCAAGUUCUCCAAAGUGUGCAUGGAGUACUUUGUGGCAUGUAAUUAUUUCUGGCUCUUGGUGGAGGCCAUUUUCCUUCACACGCUGCUCUUCACUGCAGUGCUGACCAAGAGGUGCCUGUUGAAGAAAUACAUUCUGCUAGGAUGGGGGACUCCCGUCCUGUUCGUGACGCCGUGGACCGUGGUUAAGAUUCUGUAUGAAAACACAGGGUGCUGGUCAAUCAUGAACAGAUGGUUCUGGUGGAUAAUAAGAGGCCCGAUUACUCUGUCAGUGCUGGUCAUUUUCUUCAUAUUCAUCAAAAUUCUGAUGCUGUUGUUGUCGAAGCUGAAAGCCGAUCAGGUGAAAUUCACCGACUACAGAUACAGUUUGGCAAGGGCAACGUUGGUGCUGAUUCCCCUGCUGGGAAUCCAUGAAGUGGUCUUCACAGUGCUGAUAGACGAAUGUAUGGAGGGCAGCAGCCGCUAUGCCCGGAACUUCAUUAAUCUCACCCUCAGUUCCUUCCAGGGAUUCUUGGUUGCUGUCCUGUACUGUUUUGCUAAUGGAGAGGUCCAAACUGAGCUGAAAAAGCGCUGGCAACUGUUUUUGUUCACAAACCACUUCAAGGUCCGGACCUGUUUUCGAGGAGCAAAUCUCAAGCACCUUUGGAAGUGCACCCGGCGGCAGCACAGGAAGCGUUCUCGGCAGUUUGACUCCUAUGGCGAAGGCGCCACUUCGACGGCUCGCCCACACCUCCUCCAGGUGGUUGUGCAAGGGGGAAGUAGGCCUCUUGGACUCGGGCCACUUAAAGGCCAGGGACUUGAGGGCUACGACUCAGCAGGGCUCGACUUUCUUACCAGGAAGAGUCUUUCCAGUAGUGAUGGUGAGAUGACGCUGGGGGAGACGAUGGAAGAGAUUCUGGAAGAGAGCCAGUUCUGAACUCAGUUGGUAAAAUCCAAACAAAUUGGAGUUCAGACAAUUAAUGUAUUCUCCAAGUAGAAUGAGCCAACUUCAGGGGAUGGGAAAAUGGUUUUAGAAAUGCAGUUUGUUCUACCGAGACUUGUAUUACCUGUACAGAAAAAAGAAAUUCCAGUUUAUGUGGCAAGGAUUUAGUUGCCUAUAUCUCUCUGGGGUUUGUGGUAAAGACUCUAACCCUAGCUUUAAAUUCUGUGCACAAAACGGUUAUGUGAUGCAGCCACAAAGACUUUUACUCACGAGCCACUUGAGCCAACCACCCACUGUGACACUUAUCUUAAAGAAGCUGGCAUUGCCAAACCAGCAACAGACAUCUGUAUCACUGGUUACGAUGGAACGCUGCUCCAAACCCCAACCUCCAUCGCAUUUUUACCGCAAACUCGGCUCUCCGACUACCUCCAUUAUCGGCUUUAAGGAGCAACAGCAGCAGGUCUCCAAUGCUGCUAUGGUCUUUCCCAAGGUCACACAGAGACAGUAUAAAAAGCAUCUCAGCCUUGGCUCGUGAAAAGUGCUUUUGAAUCCUUCUCAAUUUCUGCAAAAAUACUGAUUUCAACACAAGGAGCGAAGGAAAUGAAAGCGGAACUUAGAACUUAACUUCAUGGUAACAUGGAAGACAGCCUAUCUGUGAAAAACGUGGAGUUCAUUGGCUCCUUCUAGUGAUUCACUCAAAGCCUCAUGUAGUGUCCACCCAGAACCAAUCACUGCAACCUCUAUAUCUACUGCAUCCAUCAUCUUCUGUGAAAAGACAGACUUGUAAUUUGCCUUUUUUUUAAUCUUUGAUUAUGUGAAGAUAAUUCACAUUUUCCUGUGAAUUAUCUUCACAUUAUAAUUUACAAUAUCUCUUAUGUGCAAAAGUGUUUCAUAGCCUCCUGUACUUUGGAACAUUGCUGCCUUCUUUGGCACUUUUAUGUCUAUGUGAAAAAACAUAGAGGUUCCUCACAACCACAAGCCAAACUAUUCUGCCUUCAUAUAAUUUAAAGGCAGAAUUCUCCGUGAAUUUAAUCUGUGCGUUCUUGUGAUAAAAUGGACAUUCCUUCAAAUUGUGACUGUAAAAGUGAAGUGAUGCAGAAUUAGUGUUUUUCUUUAUAAUCUCCAAACUACCAUAGUACUUUUGAUGCAAGGAAUGAAAACUUAUUAGAAGUACUGAACUGUAAUCAGUUGCUGCUUCCUGACUUUUUUUAUUAUCUUGUGCUAAUGUGUGGGUGUGUUUGCUCAUUGUGAAACAUGGGGUAGUGUGCAGGACAGAUUACUGAAAGAAGUCCUUAUGGGUCCAGGAACAAUUAUUUUUUCCCUAUUAAGAGGGAAUUAUGUAAGUACAGGAUGUAGUCAGCAUAUUUAGCACUAUGCAGAUGUUAAGAAAAUACCAGAAUUUUUUGUAAAAAGUUUACCUUUUUAAAAUCUUCCUACCAUUUAUGAGUAUGGUUACAGUUAAAUUCCACAGGAACCGUAAAGGGUUAGCUUAGAGUUUAUUAAUUAAGGUUCUUUGAAGUAAAUUGCUUUUUAAUCCCUUGUGAGCACGUGGAAAAAUGAAAUGCAUCGAAGCUAACAAGCUAGUUGUAACUUGUUAGCUUCGACCGCUGAUGUGGGGGAACAGCAGAUGGAAAAGCCCGGGGUAAUUUCCAAACAAGUAUAAAACCCUGAAAGCACAAAAACAAACAUCUUCGUACAUGGAAAUGUUUAUUCUCGAUGGAGUUAGACUGCACUGGAGGGGUGUAGCGGAGUUGGUAAGGUACUGCAGCCGCCACGUUCAGUCAGCGUUAGUACACGGACGUAGCAAGUGUUUGAUGUGAAACGCCGAGACUGUUAAUAUUCCCUAAUUAGCGCUGUAUUCUAGCGAUAUAAAUAUUUUUACUUCGAGAUAAUUUAAGUUGCUAAAAUCUGCUUAAAAAGAAGGUGGUAUACAUCUCACUAGCUUGUGGACUUAUUGACAUAAUUUGAACAAGUUGACAUAAUGUCAUUUUAAUAAAGGUAAGGGAAUUACUCCAUUUGGUUCACUUGUCGUCCUGGUGUUUCCUUACACUGAACCUAAUCUGAAGGUGUCACAAAACACAUUAUACUGUAUUUAUAUUUUUAGGGUUUUAUUCUAUUUCUCAGCUAUUAAAAAAAUAGUCCUGUGUCAUGUUUUCGUUUGCAAAAAAGAAACAUCUUCAAAGAGCAAUUUCAUAUAUUUAGCCAAAUAUAAUGUUAAUGUCAAUGUGUGUAAGCUUACACAACAAACUUUCCUAUCUCUCACAAAAGUUAUAGCAGUAUUAAUCUCUUUUUAUACCGAUUUUGGUGAUUUAUUGUGUAAACUAUGAUAUGGCAGGCCAGUGAAAUAUAUCCAAAUGUGACAUCAUCUGGAUUGAAGUGUGCAUAUAAAUACAAUGUAUUUGUUUUUUGAAUGUGAAUAAUGCUGGGUCUAAAGUAUAUGUAGCAGGCUUUAACUUGUUUUGUAUUCAUGUGAUGCUUCAGUGAUUACUGUACAUAUGGAACUAUGAAAUGUUUGUACAUACGAACACUCUGUGAUGUAUGUGCACAAAUAAAAACAGGUGAAUUGUCAUGAAA